AUGAGUGAAAAAGACGGCCAGCCGGAGAUCGCCAUGGUGGAUGAUGUGAAGGGCGAGAGCCCCGAGCAUCAGCUACUUGAGAAUGAACGUCACGUUGGCCUAUGGAAAGCAGCGAUGUCAAACAAGACCCUUCUCCUACACUGCACGGCCGCUUUCUUUGCUGGAAUGGUCUUCGGCUACGACUCCAUUGUCAACGGAGCCUCCAUUUCGAUGCCAGCGUUUCUUAUCUACUUCGGCGCCGAGGCUCAGGAUGGAUCUCGUUAUCUUCCAUCAUUGUGGACCGCGCUGUGGACCUCUAUGUCGGCUCUGCUUCAAGCCCUCGGCGGCCUCGGUAUUGGAGUGGUGUCUGAUAAAAUUGGUCGCAAAUGGUGCUGCAUUCUCGCUUGUCUCGUCUCCGUUGUCGGUGUCGGCAUGCAGUACGCAGCGGAGAGUCGCGGUCUGCUUCUGGGUGGCAAGAUGGUCAAUGGCCUUGCGAUCGGCUGUCUGACGGCUAGUUCAACAAGCUGGGCGUCGGAAAUCUCGACGGUGCGACUCCGUGGCCCCAUCCAGUCGGCCAUUGUUCUCUUUACCGUUCUUAUGCAGGCUAUCGGCCUCGCUGUUAUCCGAACAUACGCCGACGAUAUGACAGAGCACUCUUUUCGCAUGGUCUUUGUGAUUCAAUUUGUCUGGCCUGUGGCAACUGCGAUCAUCUUCUUCAUCAUGCCAGAAUCCCCCGUUUUCCUGAUUCUCCACAACAAAUUGGACCAAGCAAAGCGAACGUUGACUCGAAUUCACGGCAGUAAAGACGAUGUCGAUACCCGCCUAUCAGUUUUGCAGGCAGAAAUCGAGCGGGAACGCGAGUCGGCUGUGAGCGGAGAUGCAGGCAGUUACCUCGAGGCUUUUAGUGGUUCCAAUCGCAAACGAAGCUUGACUGUUGUCUGGUUGUUUGUGGGUGUGGGGUUAAACGGCGGUGUACUCCUCUCCCAGAACGUUUACUUUCUCAUUAUCGCUGGCCUCGAGCCUAUCCAUUCGUACGAUAUCGCGAUAGGUGGCUUUGGGCUCGCAUUCUUGGCGAUUAUUGUGUCCUGGUUCUACAUGGAAAGUUUUGGGCGACGUUCUCUGUGGUUGAUCGGCACAGUCGGCAAUAUUUUGGUUAUGGGAGCGAUUGGAGGACUUUAUUAUUCUAAGAGUGAUGGGGCAUUAUGGGCGAUCGCUAUCUUGAUGAAUGUUCUUAUUGCAUGGCAAGUGGUGACAAUGACUUCCAUCGGCUGGGUGAUCACAGCUGAGAUUUCCACCUACCGUCUCAGGGGCAAAACUCAGUCUAUUGCGGUUGUUUCAGCGGCAUUUGCCAGCUGGUUUUUCACCUUCACCGUGCCUUAUAUAUACAACACCGACUCAGGGAAUCUGGGUGCUCGCACGGGCUUCGUCUUCAUGGGCUCCUCCAUCGUUCUCCUGAUAGGCUCAUAUUUCCUUGUUCCCGAGCUGCAAGGCUUCACCAGGGAUGAGAUUGAUUUGCUCUAUGCAAAAGGAAUUCGUGUUCGAGAAUUCCACAAGUACAAAGAUGGAGGAUCUCGAGACGACCCUUCAUGUGUUUCCCCUUGA